AUGACCGCAUUGGCGAAGCGCAAGUGGACCGCGCCCGACUGGGACGUGGCCAUGGCGGCCCACAGCUUCGUGGCUGUGCUGGCCUCGCGCCCCGACCAAGAGCGGGCGGGCGAGCGCCUACCAAAGAAGACGCCGACAAACGCGAGGGCGACGAAGCCGCGGCACGCGCAGACGGACGACGACGGGACGUUGGAAGCGACGAAGGACGUGGCCACGUGCACGUUCUGGCUGGCACAACUGCAGGACGACGUGACAGAGGACAUGUUGGCCGCCCACGACGAGACGAGUGUCCGCGUCACGUGGCUUCAGCACACCGCCCAGCGUCGCUACGUGGUCACCUACGACGACUGCGUGGACGUUGCCAGUAUCUUGUGCCAGGUGCGUCUGUGCGAGCCGACGGCGUCGACGCUGGAGAUGACAGCAAAGUCGCUAUUGCGCGUACAGCGCUGUCUCGCGCGCUCUCGUGCAGCACGGGCGGGGCAGCCCGUGGCAGCUGAAGAGGACGACGACGACGACGACGACGACGACGAACGGUUGCGGCCGUCUCUCUCGCUGGACAGCAGGAACAGACGUCGUGCGGCUGUGCACCGACGGACGACGUCGAGUGCCAAGCGCGUCAAGAUCGAGGGGCGGACGCCAAGAGAUCGCGGCGGAUCUCUGCUCCUCCCGGUGCUGCGUGCAGAGGUGGACGAGGCUGCGUACGAGGAUCUAGAGGUGCUGGGCACGCAGCCUUUUCGAUCGUUUCGAGGGGACGUGGCUUCAGCAAACCGAGAAGUCGUGCGCGCUGUGCUGACCAAGAACCUCAAGCUGCUCGAGACGCUUACGACGUCAGCGCACGUGUACGCGGAGCUGAGCACGUUUGACGCGCCGCGGAGUGCAGACGUAGCGCGGACAGCGUUGCACUACGCGAUCGAUCACGACGAUCUAGCAGCUGUAGUGCUGUUACAUAGGACAAAGACGAUCGACGCACAGAAAUUUGCUGCUGCUCCCGAGGUGGCACUACCGUCGCACUCGACUGGACGGCACACGAGUCAAUAUAGCGCCUACGAUCGGCGUGCGGUCAAUGCUAGUCGUGGAGGAAAAGAAGGAAAUAACGCGCUGCUUGGUGAUUGCACUAGCGAUCGGACACCGUCACUCGACUAUCUUUGGCGCAGUCCGGAUACAAGUGUUGAGAUGUUUACACUGAUGUAUCCAGUGGGGGAUUGGACAAAGGGCUAUGACAUGGGAACAAAAGUUUGCCAAGCUGCACGCUGUGGUAACUUCCGGUUGGUACGCAAAGUUGUCGAGACGUUGGAGAAAAACGGUGGAUGGGGAUUCAACGAGCUGCACUACAGAGUCCUUGCCGAUUGUACUGCUAACAACCAUGGUGGACACGCGUCUCUGUUGCCUCCAUUUCGUGCUGUGUCAGCACUAAAGCAGGCAAGCCAAACGCGGCUUCGCCCUUUGCACUUGGCGUGUAUAAACCCCAACUCAAAGUUCCUUGCGGCGCUUUGGGAUGUGGUAGGAGACGAAUUUGGGGCGGUCAAGGAUGACCAGGGCUACGAGCCCAUUCAUUAUGCGGCAGUAUGCGAGUUUGCUGCCCCUAUGGAGUUUUUGUUGGAGCGACGCUGCAAUAUGCUUGGUCGAACCAAAACACGAUUGACACCGCUGAUGUGCGCACUUGAGGCGGGACGAGAGGAGACAGCCAUUGCAUUACUUGAGUUUGCUGUCAGGCUGAGAGAGAGUGGUGGCGAAAGCCAAGAAGUCGUCGGCAAGCUUGUUCGUGAGAAAGGCCCCGGAGGCAAGCAGGCUGUACAUUUUGCAGCAAGGCACGGGUGUGUCAAGGUUUUGGAAUACCUAUUGAGAGAAUGUGGUUGCGCCGUAGAGGUGAAUGCUACAAGCAACGGCACAAGCAAAGCGACCCCAUUGGUAUUGGCAGCACAGGAGGGCCAUAUUGAGUGCGUUCGUGUGUUGCUUGCAAAUGGAGCUCGUGUCGAUAGUGGUGAUAAGCUAAAGAAGACACCGCUGAUACUUGCUGUGAAGAAUGGCCAUACACGCGUUGCAGCAGUACUUAUCAAUGGCGGUGCAAAUGUAAACGCCUACGACUCGUCAGGAAAUAGCGUGGCUCACUACGCAGCUAGUUACGGGUGGCCUUCGUGCCUGCAGAUGUUGUGUGACGUUGGCGCUGAGCUGUGGUCUCAGAACGCAUGGGGCUUCUUGCCACUUGCGUGUGCGAUGCUCAAGCAGCGGCGUUCUUGCGCUGAGAUCAUACUAGCUCAGAUUAGUUGUGCGGCGCAUCAAGCAUCGUUGAAUUUCAGAGACCGGGAAGGUCGAACGGUACUAUUUUCGCACUGCCAGCAUUCACAUAACCUUGAACAGCUUGGCUAUCUACUUGGAAAGGGAAUGAACCCGAACAUUGGCGACUCAAACGGUGAAUACCCGUUGCAGCGCUUGAUCAAGCGUGCUUGCGACGACGCCCCACAAGAUGAAGAUAUUAAUGUCGUCUUCCGGAAAUCCGCUGCAUCUUUCGUGGAAGCGAUUAAGCUUUUGCUGCAGUAUGGUGCCCACCCGCAGUACGAACUGUACCAUGAACGAGUAAAAGACACGGAAACAUUUGAGACGCCCAUAAUGCAACCACUCCAGAUAGCCAUGCUUGGCAAGCAGGUUGAUAUAGUUGCGCUGUUGCUUGAACACAGCAGUAUUCGUCCUGCAGCAAGAUCUUCAGACGGGUCUGACGCAUGGAUCACUGCGGCAUCGUUAGGCGCUGGUACCGGAGAUUCCUUUCUGUCAAUGCUGCUAACGCAUCACAACAACUUGACAAAUGGUGGGCCACUGCUUCUUGAAGGAAAGUCAGAACGCGAGCGUGAGAAUUUUUUUCAUGUCGUGGCAAACCAAAAGGCAUCUCAGCUGUCAGCGCGGUCCGAUCUGAUUCGUGAAUGUGCUGACAAGUGCCCCUCGACAUCCGAAUUGAUGUGUGAGAAAGACUCUGCCGGCUACACUCCUGUAAUGCGCUUACUUUAUCCCAGUCAUGAGCUGAACGCGAUAUCUUGUCCAGCGGUGAUCGAAACUAAUUUUGACAAGUUACAAUACAUGCGUAAUGUUGCUACGCGGCUUACGCAGCUGUUUAAAAUUUAUGCGGAAAUGUCGACAAGGCGCGAGAACUUUGUGCGAUGCGAAGAAGUAUCGCGUUUGCUCGUACGUACUGGAUACGUUUGUGCUGCUAAAGAGAAUAAUUACGUGGGCAAUAAAAAUGGGCCUGUCGAAAGAAGUAACUCGGAAACGGUAUCCGUAAGCGGUAGUUCUCACGGAUCUACCGCAUAUCUUGGCGACAAAACUAGGAGUGACAGCAAUAGCAGCAACAGCACUGAUGAUCGCAUUGCCCCGAUAAGGCAUUUGUCUACAUUUGGUACAAUAUCAAAGGAUGAAGCGAAGCAAAAAGUGAUGGUCGAAGUUGAGACGGCCAUGCAUUUCAUUGCCAGACAAAAGCAAUUGGGCGAGGUGGCGAACUCGCGGAGCAAGUCAUUAGAUUGUACUGAUCAGACUACUGAAUGCCUAAUGGACGUGUUACUCGAAAAGCGUCCUGAGCUAUUUUCUUCUAGCCGUGGUCACCAAGUCAAUGCGCUGGUGAACUUUGUGGAUCUGUGCAGCUACAAGACCGCGUUGCAUUACGCAGUGGAAAUGGGAAAUGAACCGACUGUACGUGUCUUAUUGGAGCACCAAGCUGACGCCAACUUGUCGCCAGUACGAUGUGCGAAUUGUAGUGAAUUUGCCGUUGCCGACGCCGUUGCUCGAGCCAAGCAGGAUACAUUUGUCAGUCGCGAUACUAAUCUUUCUUGUACAGGACACUGCGGCCUGCACACGCGUGUGGAGCCGGCGCUGUAUGAAUCUGUUAAACGCAGACACGUAAAAUGCACGCGUCUGUUACUGAAGCACGGUGCCCGCGUUGACUGUGUUGGAAGACUCUUACAUGAAUCACCGCUACAUGUAGCUUUGAAGGCCAAUGAUUGUGCUUCGGCGGGUGCGCUACUUUCCCAUGGUGCCAGUCUACUGACACAGGACAUUUCGGGGGCUUCACCGUUGCAUCUAGCAGUUGCUGCGAAACAUUCUGUCCCAGCGAAGAAAGCCAAUGUAAGCGAAGUCGCGUACUCGACGGUCAGUAUCGCCCAGCUUUUGCCAGCUGGUCGUCCAGUUUCAGCAAAAGCAGCUCAGUUUUCCGUAACAUUGUCGACCGAUGCCAAUGAGCCGCAUAAACAGCAAGCUUCUAUGGAGACGUCGGCUAUUCUGAUUGCGUUAAACAAUGCAAACGCUCACAAAGCCGUUGUUCUUGGUGACUCGAAGAACAGAUCUAUUGUGCAUUAUGCAGCACGCAAUCGCGACCUUGAUUUGUUACGAGAGCUUCUUCGAACAGCGGGUGAGAGUGGCGUACGUGACGCUGUGAAUCAGCGAGAUUACCUAGGCCGGACACCUUUACAUUAUGCUGUGAACGCCGCUGCCAUGAGUGCUGAUGCAUCGUUUGCAGUAGAGCGUUUUCUUUUGCAGAGUGGUGCCAUCUCUAGCACUCAAGAUUGCUUUGGGUUCGGAGUUCUGCAUUUUGCGCUGGUUAAGGUGCAGCUCGACUGGCAAGAGAAGCACGAAAAAAUGCACAAGCUAUUGCGCGACCAGAAGGAUCGUGUAGGACACUCAUUCGGCGCAGAGAAACAUGAGGUUGAAAAAGCUUUCCUUGUUGAGCACCUGUCCGUCAUUCCAGACAGAGAAACCGACCCGGUCGAAACCGUGUCCAAUCUAGUAGCGGAAUGCAACCUCGAUAUCAUGGCGCAAGAUAUACUGGGACGCUCUCCGCUGCACCUGUCAGCGGCCACAGGAGCGUUUGUUUGUGUGUCGACGCUUCUCACUUUCCUCGGAAAUGCAAGCAAGCAGAAGGUGUGUAUGGCUCAACAAGACUGCGAUGGGUUCACGCCACUUGGCCAGGCUAUCUUGCACAAGCGGCAGACAACCAUUAUGACUUUGUUGCGUAGUGGAUCUACCGUCGGUGGGACGAUACGCAUCGCUCGCCAACCUGUCAUUUUUCGUGAUGGCUUUGCUUCGUGUCCAUUGGUAUCAUCUUCCAAAGGCGAAUCAAUGGUGAAGACACGAAGUUACUUUCAUCACGCAGUGCGCAACGGACUUACUGGCGUUUGCCAUAUGUUGUUGAGUGCACAUUUCUGUCGGCGCCAAGCUAUCGAGGAUUCGGUGCGUUGUAGCCAAUUCCAGCUUGCAAAUAACUUGCUGGAAGCAUUGGUAUCGGGGUCUGAACAUGGUUCAGAGCUCUUAAGGCGUCCUAACUCACGAGGUGAGACAUUGCUACAUUCUUUGGCCAAGACAAAGCAAACUGUGUUUUGCACCCUUGCAAAGAAGUUAGCGUGGGCGCUGUUGGGUGCGGGUGUUCGUGUUGAUGAUCGCGAUAAGAUGGGCAACAUCGCUAUGCACUACGCAGCCAAGCGGGGAAAUACGCAUUUGAUGGAUUUCCUUCGUCACCACAGCGUUGGAGCAAAUACUGAGAACGUGAAGAAUCGGGCGGGAGAGACCCCACUUGUGUACGCCUUCAAGCAAAAGAGUACUAGUGGCAGCUCCAGUGAUGACCAAUUGUUUGCUGUCUUGUGUUACUUUUUGGAACAUCCUUUGCUCGCACUGGACAUUAACCACGCCGACAAUUGUGGCGUAAAUGUGAUCAGUGCCUUCUUGGAUCGCUUUACAGAGAGCCUUGCUGUAGCAAAACCUGUACUAUACUUUACUAUGUUUGAAACUCUACUUGCGCGAGGUGCCGACCCGAACCAACGAUUUCACGUUGCACACGCGACAGCACUCGAGCAAUGGAACGAUUCCUGUGGAGAGCUGUAUGAAGGUAGUGAUCGGCUGCUGCGGUCAGGUCGUAAGCUCCGCGAGACUACGACUUUGGCCAAAGGAGGCAUGGGAACGAUGCCACCUCUUAUACGUGUAGCAUUGACACCUGAUGCGUCCAUACGUUUUCACGCGCUGGCACUCCUACUUCGAUACGGCGCCAAAUUGUCAGCAUGUGACGGGAAAGGAAACACGGUGCUCAUGCAUUUAGUCGCGCGUAAUCUUGUUGCUGAGACGCGUCUCGUGCUCGGGCUUGUUCGGUCCGUGCCUGAUCCCAAAGAUAUGUUUGCACUCGCCCCCGUGACACGCAUGUGCUCACUCCAUAUUCCAGAAGCCAUCGUGAAAGAAAUGCUUGGUCAGCGCAACGCAAAUGGACUAACUGCUUGUCACAUUGCUGUGCAGCCACUUGACUAUGGAUCUUAUGAGAACACGAACUUAUUGGCAAUGCUGAUUCGUGCAGGUGGUGACUUGCAUGCUAAGGAUAGCUCGGGACAAGAUGCUAUCGACUACACGAGGAGCCAGCGCUCGUGCUUUGUUUCUCGAUUUCUUCAACGAACAUAUCCCGAAGUCGUCUCGAUGACGCAAGCCAGAAAAAUCGAAAUUGCUACCGAGUUCGCCGUUGCUCUGCCGUAUGUGGACGACGCUAAUGCGUAUCUGGCUGGUUGCAAGUUGUCGGGCAAGAUAAAACAGUCACAUGUACUUGCCAAGGUGAACGCGAACUGCAACGUCGGCAAAGAAAGCAAAGUGUGUCGUGAGGGUGAAGGCAGAGGAAUAGCACUGGACGCGUUAUUGACAAAGGUAGACGUGAGGAGUGGGCGUUUUGGAUCGAAUGUUUUUUAUCGUCUGCAGCUAGUCCACGAUGAGCUACAGACGAUCUUCGUGCUCUUCACAAACUGGGGCCGGAUUGGUGAGACUGGCAAAUUUCAGAACACACCUUUUCGGGAUGAAGCAGAAGCCAGGGGUGAAUUUAAGAAGAUAUUUCGGAGCAAGACCGGCAACACAUGGGAAUCGCGGACCGCUGGCAAUUUUGUGAAGAAGCCGAAAAAGUACAAUCUCAUCGAGCGUGUGAAUUAUUCUGCGCAGGUGGACGACGAGGUGACUAGAUCAUUUCGAGCGGACAUGGAAGACAAAGGUCGCAAAAGACCAGUAUUUGUCGAGCCGAGCGAUCCGGACUUGGUGGGUUGCCCGGGCGUGAUGGCUAUGUUGGCUGCUAUCACCGACGUGCACAAUUUGCAGCUUGCAGCAGAGUCCAACUGUGGUUAUGCUGGUGGCGACUUACCGCUUGCGAAACAAGAAGAGUUGCGUUUGGCGCUGGAGAAGCUGGUCAGAAUCCGUGGUCUGCUAGAAGAGAAGGAGAAGUUGAUGAAGGAGAUUGAAACUGCAAGCUGUGAUCUCAGCGACGAGGGGUUCAGCAAGCGCGCACUUCUCAUCGCUCGCCACGAAACACUGAUAGAGGACGUGAGUGAGCGGAGCAGCCGGUACUACGAAAUCAUGCCGUGUCAAGAAACUACUCUCGAGUCUUCGAUCAAAGCUUUUGACCAGGCGAGCGACGUCAACGUUGAGAUUACGCGCAUGCGGAUGUUGUCGGAUAUUGUGGAGAUCUACAAAAUGAUAUUGGGCGCAAAAAGCGCGGUGGCAGUACGUAACCCUCUAGAGUACUGUUACCAUUCGUUGCAAGUGCGACUUGCGCCGUUGCAACCAAACGACAAUGAACGGCAACUCAUCCACCGAUAUUUCUUUGGUGGGUUGCAUAUGCGGGAUCGCCAACGGUAUUGCAUCAGCAACGUUUUUGAAGUCGAACGCCGAGGUGAAAGUGAACGCUUUGAUGAUCUCAUGAAAGAACGCCCUGAUCUGCGAGCUACUCAAACGCAUUUGCUCUGGCACGGAACAAAGCGUACGAAUUUGUUGGGUAUUUUGUCCCAAGGACUACGUGUAGCCCCGCCAGAGGCUCCGCACCACGGGUACGCAUGCGGCAAAGGUCUAUACUUCGCGAAUGUAGUCGAGAAGAGCCUCGGCUACUGUGGUACGCCUUACGCACUUCCUGUCCUCAAUAAGGAAGGCAAUGUAGGUGAGAACAUGACGAAGACACAUGAGGUCCACUAUAUGCUGCUAUGCGAAGUAGCGCUGGGAAAGUCGACGGAGCUCGCCACAGCAGCAGCGUGGACAAGUUUCGACUCCAUGCAUCAUGGAAGAAUUGACAGUGUGAAAGCGCUGGCUACCCAUUUACCCGAUCCACGCCAUGAGGUGGUAUCGCCAAAGUGCGGAGCAAAGCUGCACUUAGGGCGAGUGAAAAAGGUAGGUCGUGAACUACCGUACGACCGCGCAUGGGCCAAGACAGAGCCUACACCAGUGCCAGUAGCAUGGCAUGAGCGUGACCCGAAGUUCAACUCCUUGACGCAAGAUUACUUGGCCAGGCUCGUGGCAGACAAGAGCUUCGGUACUGGUGACACACAUACGGUAAGCACAACGGGUCUCGAUCGUCAGAACUUUGUUCAGUAUGGAUACCGUGAGCGUGCGGUGAUGAUCGGGUUGGUGAGUCGUGAAACACUCGAAGCUGAUAGGGACACAGAUGCGCCUUGUAGCGACGCCUGGUGCGAAGCCACUCUUAAGGUGACAAUUCGGCCGAACAGCGCGAUGCCGUACAGCUACUUGGUAAGGUUAUACCGAAACGUAUUGGUUACUUCACGUUUGGCUGAAGGUUUCAAGCUGGUGGAGCCGACGCUGUCGAAGUAUGCAGAGCUUGUGGUGUACAAUGAAGCACAAGCCCGCAUUCGGUAUGUUGUCGAAGUGAGAAUGACGUGA